ACUCCAAACACUAACACCAAUGUUUAGCAAAAAAAUCUGAAAUCCCAACCUGAAUAAGAGCAAAUGGGGCCUUACACGGGGUCCAAACUAUGUGUUACUGGGAAACUGAAGUCAAAAGGUUGUUUUGGUCAUUUGUUACUUUGUAGCUUUAACUGUGGAAAUGCAUGAAGUUGCACUAUGUAACUUUUCUAGCGGGGAUCUGCAAUCAUGGAGAGGUUAUUGCUUUGCCUGGAAAGUUUCACAGAAUGGCAUCUAAUUUACAUUUAUUUAAUUACAGGUGUUUUUAUUGCUAAAAAUAUCUUGGAAAAUCAUGCAUCAACUCACUGCAUAUUUGACCUGUAACAUACCCUGGUGGCGCCACCUGCUUGGCAUGGCAAAAGAUACAUUUAAAGCCAUACUGUAGAACAUUUCAGGUAAAAUAAUAUUUCCAUGGAGACUAGUAUUUAGUACAUACUGCACCUUUCUUGUGGAUUUUUUCCAAAUGAUCUCUUUCACUUGGCAGUUGAAAAUUACAUUUGUGUAAUUUGUAUAAUAUCAGUGUUGUGGUAUUGUUGACUGUUGUCCCACCCAACCUCAUCCCACUUCUACAUGCAUCAAGAGUGAGAACUGCAGUGUAGCAUUCAUACAUGAUCUGAUCACUAUUUCACACCACAGUGCUAAGACCAAGGAGUGUACUCGAGCUGCCCGGCCACUCACGGUACAGCGCUAUCUAAUAAACAGCCACUGUCCAUGAAGUGUCUGUCACAAUCUACUUUUGAAAUAUGUUUGGGCCAAGCGCUAGUUUCAAGGCUUUCUGAGAGAUUCUUUACCAGGCAAUAUAAGUCUGGGUAGAUUGAAGCGUGCACCAGUAUCAUCCUGCGUGGUGAACGAAAAACAUCAGAACAGAAAAAGGUGGUUACUUGCUGCUGUUGCUAAAAUGAGAGCUGCGUCCUACACUCAAAAGAGCUUGCAAGUUAGCAGCUCGGGCAGUAGGGUUCGUGUUCAAAGUCCCUCGCCUUCAAGAUGCCGUGGAUCUUCUUACGAUGGUCGUGGACGCUCUGGUUUUCGAGGUACCGCGGUUGAACUGGGUACAGAAAUUCACCAACACCAUGCUAACGAAAAGGAGGAGAUGCAAGAACUCAAUGUGAAGUUUGCCGGAUACAUUGAGAAAGUGCAAGCACUGGAGCAGAGGAACGCUGCUCUUCAGGCUGAGCUAGCUACCCUCCAAAGCCGCUACAAGGGAGGCCCCACUAGCAUCGGCGAAGAGUACGAGUUGAAAUUCAAAGAGGUGCGUGAUCUGAUUGAAACUUUAACCAACGAGAAAGGAGCGGCUGAUAUCGAAAGAGGUUAUCUUGAGGAAGAAGUUGAAGUUUGGCGUUUGAAACUAGAUGAGGAGCUUACACUUAAAGAAGAGGCUGAAAUGAUUCUAAGAGAGUUUCGCCAAGAUGUUGAUAAUGCUACUCUGCAAAAGGCUGAACUGGAGAAGCGCAUAGAGCAAUUGGUGGCCGAAAUUGAGUUCCUGAAGAAGUUGCAUGAUGAGGAAGUUGCUGAUUUGAUGAAACAAAUUGAGGAUUCAAAGAUUACUGCCGAUUUGGAUAGCGAUAGACCUGAUUUGGCAGCCUAUCUGCGUAACAUGAGGGCUGAAAUUGAAUCUGUCGCUGCAAGAAACGUCCAAGAGGCUGAAAAGUGGUACAAAAGCAAAUUCGACACUCUAAAAGAGCACGCCGGCAAGCAUGAAGACCAAAUGAAAUCAAUGAAAGAAGAGAUUAGUGUUUUCCAAAACCAAGUGACAGACCUGCAGAACCAAAUUGAUGGGUUGAGGGCUAGAAACGCCGCCCUAGAACAACAACUGGAAGACAUGGAAAUCUCACAUCUGGAUAAAGUGGGCGGGCUUGAGAGCAUCAUUGCCCAAUUAGAGGCUCAGCUUUGUGAGACCAAGCUGGAGAUGACCAAGUACCUCCAAGACUACCAGGAACUACUGCACAUAAAACUGAAGCUCGAUGCAGAAAUCGCCACCUACAGGAAGCUUCUGGAAGGGGAGGAGACAAGACUUGGGAUCACCAAAGAUGCCUAAGGAAGAAACACAGAUCAGGAUGAAGUUGUUAGUGCCUUUUAGAUAAUAUAGCAGACAUAACUGUACACAGAUUAGAUGUAACAUUAAGACUACCUUCACUAUAUCACUACCUUGUAAAUGUUUGUCCAGAGAACAUAUUGUCCUCAAAGUUGAUGUGUUAGAUGCAAGAUACAUGGAUUGUUAGAAGCCAAAUUGUGAUGAUUGGACAACUGCAUGAGAGCAUAGAUGAAAUUGCUCUUGUCAUUGGGGGUUCCUGCUCUAGUCUGGUCUGUAUCUAUCAAAAGUGGUCCAUCAAAGUAACAGCAAUAAAUGCCUUUGAUCACUUAGAAUGGGCAGGUCGUCUUAAUGUUAUGCCUGACCAAUGUAGAAGCUUUUCCUGACCUGUUUAGACAAUCUUGCCUUAUAAUUAGUACCUUUUUUGAAAUCUGGACUUUUCUGCAUUCUUCUGUAUUUUUGAAUAACACAUGUCUGUCCUGUCAAUAUCUGUGAUUCUAAUAGAAAGUAUUUUUUCUGUACUUUCAAUACUAGCUCAAAGUCAACUUGGUUUCCAAUAAACACGUAUGCAUCUUUACCUAAUAAAGAGUGUAGUGAAUGCUUUUAUUUCCAUCUUGUUUUUCUGUUGCAUUACAAUUCUUAAUUCACAAUCACAAUAUAUUUUUACAUUGUGGUUGCACAUGAAGUGAACUUAAGUUGUUAAAAUCAAUUUAUGUCACAUAGCAAAAUGUCGUGGAUCUAGACUGUGCAAAGAGGGUGAUUGGAUUAGAAACAUUUAAAUAAAAAUGGCGUAUGCUGCUAGAAUAUAAAUGCUUAGUGACUUAGUGCUUUGUCUUUAUCAGACACUGAAGGAAGAUUUUGUACUGAAUUUUUAUUAAAAUAAAAUGAGAUUUUUAGAACUUAUUUUAGAGAUUUUAUUUAUUUUUUCCUUGGAUUGCAGUGAACCAUAUUAGAAAAAGUUAUUUCCAAAUAACAACUAUUCAUUCCCCAUUUAUUUGGUGUAGAACAGUUAGUGCCAGUAAAAUUCCAAUUAGCAUGUUUUAUGUUUCAUAUUUUAUGCCUAUUGUGACAUCUCC